AUGGCCCUCGAAUGGACUCACUCCAUCAACUUGGACAUACCAAACAUAAGAAAGUAUUUUUGGUACGAAAUAGUCUUCAAAUCACCGUGUGAAGAACAGUUAACCUACGAAGAAGUAGAAAGAGCGUAUCGCAACUUUCUAUUCGCGAGUAAGUCCGCGAGAAUCACUCCGAAGACUCCGAUCUUGCUGUUAAAAGAUAACGGUGGAGAAGAAGUUCUGCAAACCAAAGAAGGCUUCCAUAUCAGAGGAGGCUAUGAUGAUUUCUUAGAGGAUGCCGGUGAUGGGAACUUCUGCUGUCAAAUUAUCUCCCUCUUUAAAGUCAAGCCUUUUCCGGAAGAACAUGGAGACGCAUGGAAUCUGAAGCUUAUAGAUACAUGUAAACUGACGGAUGAUAGAAACGUCGGUGGUGCCACUUUUUCCCAGCUCAUGGCGCAGAUGAUCUUCUCCGACUUUGACCCUGAGUUAGCAUUUGCGCCGAUAGAUGCUACUGAGAAAGAUGAUGAUCAUGAUAGAGACGGGGAUGAAAACGAAAUUCCAGUGAGGGAGAGAACGUAUAGAUAUGACAGUUAUCGGCUCAGUCACUUCUUCGAAGACGAAGCAACGGGAAAAGUGCACUUAGCAGUCAUCGUUCAAAACAUUGUAGAGGACUACACGCUUUUGGAAUACAUGGCCAUUAUAAGAGAGGCCUUUGACAACGAUGACAAUAACCGUCAAGAGUCACUUGAUCAAGCUAUAGAUGAAGCCAUUCAAUUCCAGGUUGUCUACAAUGAGGAACUCGACGUGUUCGCGUCUAUCGAUGGCAUCCGCAAAGACGCUCGCCCAAACUCAUGCAUGACAGUUACCGCCAACCCUGGUGGAAAAAGAACGUACAAUAAACGGCUGACGAUCAAGAGCAUGUACGAAAAGCAAGGGUUGAACAUCACUAUCGCCGAACAGCCUAUUUGCUUUCAAAACAAGCACGAAAAGGAUGGAUACUUGACUGUCGCUUUCGAUUCCGGUCCAGACAUGACAGGGGUUGACUGGCUUGAGAAAAGAAUUAUCGUUCCAGAGUUGUGGACAAUGACUGGAACUGUCGAUCCACAGAAACAGCAGUACCUAGCUGUCGCAAAUACUGAUCGAUAUCGAAUGGAAAAUUCUAUUCUUGCUCAUGCACAGAAAGCGAUUCGAUUUAUGUUUCAAAAAGCUGGUUCCAUGCAUUUAAUGUUUCCACUUUGGUUCACAUCCGCUGGCAACACACUCAAAUGCGAUCCUGAUUUGAUUCCGAGAGGCAGAGUUAACCUCAAGCUCAAGAAAGUAGCGAUUAAGAACUGGACAAUUAUGUGCUGCUCUGAGCUAGAAGCUGUAGGAGCUGUUAAGUCGCAGAUGAUGCAAAUUUGCAACGAUAAUGGAAUCAAAAUGAAAGCUCCUAGCGAGAUAAUGAUCGAAAACGAGGAAAAACAUGAUCCAAAAUCAUGGGUAGCAAAGUUACCCAAUACAUGGGAGCAGAACAAGAGCUCGUUGCUGUGGCUCAUCUUGCCACUUUUCCGGGAGGAUCUUUACAGAGAGAUCAAGAAGAGGUGCAUCAAUAUUCACUUGCCCGUCUUUGUCCAAACUGAAUCAAGAUUCCCUCAAAGCGACAGGGAUCGCUGGAUAGAAAAGUACUCGAAAAAUCGAGUGAAUGAUAUCAUCACAAAACUUGGAGCGCCAAAACAAACUCGUAAUUGGACUUUAACAGGCUAUCCGAAGAAUAAAACCUUGUUGAUUAUUGCAAUUCAUGAAUCGAAUGGCUACUUCAGUUUUGUUUACAAUCAUCAAGAGCGAAAGCAAAAUCAGUACAAUACAUGCAACAUCCUCAAAGCCGGGCACCCAGUCGUUAAACUCACAAAUGAAUACAUGGAUGACGGUCAAAGAACCUUCAUGGAAGAUAUCGCCGACAGUAUCAACACAAUCUUAACCAAACUCAAGUAUGAACCGGAUGAGAUUUUACUUCUUGCUGGUGGUCAGUUCGACGUUCACAUUUUCAAUCAAAUGCUCGAAGACGCAAAUAAAGCAAAAUGGUCAAAUGAAAAGGGAAUGAUCAAUCAAAGAGAUCAUGGUCAUCUGAUGAAGUACUUGGAUGGUGCAAAUUUGAGAGUCACAAUGGCUAAAAUAGAGGGAAUUGACCGACGAUUGGACCGAAGAAAAGAGAUCAGUGGCAACCAUAUCCAUAUAGCUCCUAUGAAAGAGUUUGCCACAAGAGGCGCGGCUACACGAAUUUCUAACCUAGUUUAUUUUGAAUACAAGCACAUUCGCGCAAACAUGACUUUCAACAACACGCAAAUCGCGCAUCAAGAGUAUAUUCCACGAAAGAAUGAAGAUGAAGCUAAACCACCUGGUAUUUUUGACGGAAUCUUGGUAUUUUUGACCUGGAUUCUGAUCAUAAUCUUCCCGUGUUUCUGGUGUCAGGCGGUUCAAACGAUCCAGGACUACGAGAGAGCUGUCAUUUACCAGCUUGGCCGACUUCAAGCUGGUUCCAGCGAGAAAAGGGGUAUGUUCUGCCUCAAUUUCUUUGUCAACCACAUUGAGAAGGUUGAUAUCCGUACUCAAGUCUUCGAUAUCCCCCGCCAAGAAGUUUUAUCCAAGGACGCAGUCACUAUCCGAGUCGAUGCAGUUGCGCAGUAUAAAAUUGUCAAACCUCUUGCAGCCAUCGAUUCUGUCAUGAAUUACAAUCACACAACCCGUCUUCUUGCGCAAACUCAUUUGCGAAAUAUCCUUGGCCAAAAGAGCUUGCAGGAGAUUUUGAAUCAGCGAGAAGAAAUCUCCCGGGUUUUGCAAAGAAGCCUCGAUGAGGCCACCGACGACUGGGGAAUCAAAGUAGAGAGCGUCGAAGUGAAAGACAUUAUUCUUCCACCUGCGAUGCAACGCGCCAUGGCCGCAGAAGCUGAAGCUUCUCGAGAAGCAAAGGCCAAACUGACCCAGGCUGUUGGCGAACGGGAAGCAGCCAAAAACAUUGCUGAUGCUGCGCGAAUGAUGGCUUCUAAUCCCAAGGCCCUCCAACUUCGAUACCUCCAAACUCUCAAUACAGUCGCUGCUCAGAAAAACUCCACGAUUGUUUUCCCACUUCCGACUGAACUCCUCUCCAAAUAA